CAUCAACUGGUUUUGGUAGUGGAGGGUCAGCUUUUGGCGCCCAGACUCCAGGAAGUGGCACCAAUAUGUUUGGGGGUGCCGCAAGUGGAACCACAGCUGGCACAGGAAGUAGUUUGUUUGGACAGUCUGGAAAUACAGGAUUUGGCCAGCCGCAGAGCACAAAUGCCUUCUGUAAGUCAUGUAUAAAGGUUUUUUUUUGUGUGUCUGGAGCAAAAGCCAGUCACCACCUCUUUCAAAACCUCCAACCACACCACCUUUUAAGCCUUCUCUUUUUCUAACUCUCUCUAGGUCCAUCAGACUUCUCCUAGUUCCUUGUCCAACUCUUUCCUUCAAGAAUGUCUGAUUAUUCUGAUCAUUAAAGAACAACUAUUCAAUUAUUUAAUGGAGGUUAACAAUAAGAAAACAAAUGCUAUUCUCUAUAACUCUUCCAGCAUUCGGCAACAACUCAUCUGGUGGCCUAUUUGGUAAUGUUAGUCAACCUGGAACAGGUUCCCUUUUCUCCUCACCCGGAACUGGGGCUGGAUUUGGGGCGAAAACUGGAUUCUCAGGUAAAAUUCUCAUCCAUCUUUGUUCACAGUUUGCUCUACAUAUGAAGUGGUGGUGAGGGCAGUACCUUUGAUUUCAUCUAUAAGCUCACUCCGUUCUUCAAAUGCCCCUUUUUAAAAGGUAUGGACUGAAAAUAUUUUGUGUUUCUAUCUUUGUAGGAGAUAAAUUUGGUGGUAAUGCCGUAACUAUUCAUUGUUUAUGAUCAGGUUUUGGAACGGCUGCCACUAACCCAAGUACAGGUGGAUUGUUUGGAAGUGCAACCAGUACAACGUCCUCCUUAUUUGGUCAGCCUUCGGCGACUGCAGCUUUUGGGGGUGUGGCAUCCAUCAGUGGCGGAACCACCAUUGCAUUUAAUCCACCUGCAGGUCAGGACACUAUGAUGAAAGGUGGAGUGACCACGAACAUCAACACCAGACACCAGUGCAUCACAGCCAUGAAGGAAUAUGAAAAUAAAAGUUUAGAGGUAGGUACAACUUAGUCCUUAAUUCCAGAGUUUAUUUAGCAGUAAGAGUAAUUUGUGAAAUAAAAUACAUAGAUAUGGUAGAUGUAGUGGGAUUUCCGUAAAUUUCCCAGGGAAUAACAGUUUGUUGGUGAGGGAAUUCAUAGACUAACAUCAAACAUAGAUAAUAAAAAAAAAAGGAGAGACUAAUCAAGAAAGGUAGUAAUAAAGCAACAAAAAAAAUUUAAUUUUUACUUGAAGAACUAAUGGAAUUAAAAAUGCUGCGAUAAAGCUUAAAAAAUUUUUUGGAUGAUAGUAUCACCCCAGUUCAUCGCAGGUACCUACCUAAGAUCAGCUCAGGCAAAUCAAAUUCUUUCUCUUAAAGUUAGGAUCAAAAAAUGAAAGGACUCUUUUGUUCCCCAGUCUGUCGGAAUUUACCAGCGUACUCCCCCAGUGGUUAGAAAAUUAAAAUGAUCACUAAUUAAAUCGUUAUCAUUCAAAUUCAGUGGCUAAUUGGGCUUCAUGUGCCCUUCUGCCUGACUAAUUAAGACAAUAUUGUCACUAAAGGAGUGAAGUUUUAUGGUAUAUGAUGAUUGAUUUCUACACUUGCGAAACACUUUAGACAUCUUGUGUUUAAAUUGUUCUAGUUUUAAAUGUUGUCCUAUUUGAAGCACUAUUUAUCUAUGUUGCUGAAAUUGUAUAUGUAAAAUGUAAUAAAAAAACAGUUCUGUUUAUUUUGGAUAAAUAAAAUAAUCUUAACAUAUUUUGUCUCUUAUACAGCUAGUGCUCGACUUACGACCUACGCAACUUUGGGACCACAAUCACUAGCCAUACUAUAUUAGAUUUCAGAUUUAUUUCUGCUUCAAUCAUUAGUAGAACGGCGUUGUCUACAAUCAUUGGCGGUCGUGAACGUAGAAAAUUUAUGAUUUAAAACAUUAAUAAAAGAAAUUUAUGAUAUUAUUUAACAUAAAUAUUUUUAUAACAUCACUUCACAUUACUUUUCACUUAGCGUACUCAACUUACGACCAAAUUGUGUUACCGAUUGUGGUCGUAAGUCGAGCACUAGCUGUACUAUCUUCCCCCGCCCCAUCCCCCCAAUAGCACCAUUCCCUUCCACUAUUUUCAGGAUCUUCCAGACCUGAUUUUUAAUUAACAAACAAAUUUUGUGUUAUUUCUGUUUCUCUCCAGGAGCUGAGAGUUGAAGAUUACACUGCAAAUCGCAAAGCCAAACAGGCAGGCUCAACCAACACCGGGGGAUUAUUUGGACAGACUCAAGGGGCACAACCCACAGCCGGAAGUGGUUUUGUAUUCGGCGGAGGCCUGAGCUCUGCGCUGCAACCCUCAAACACAACUGGAUUUGGAGGUAAUAUUAUUGAAAGAAUACAUGUGCACCACCACAGGUCUUUCGUUAGUGCUUGGUGACAAACUGCUUUAUUUGAAACGAAUUGUGUUGUUGAUCAACUAUACAUCCUUGUAUAUUGACAGGGUUUGGAAAUACUAGUACCCCAUCAACAGCCUCAACUUUCAACCAGAAUAGACCCUCCUUGUUUGGGACAGCCACUACAACCCAGUCAGGCUUUGGUGGGUUUGGUAGCACAACAGGCACUCAGCAGUCCACUUCUUUAUUUGGUACCAGUGCUGCUAAGGUCAGUCAGGGCCAUCAUACUGGUGAAAAUGUAACUUUUAAAUAUAUAUAUUUUUUUAAAUAUUUUUUUUGUCUUUACCAAAACUUGAAGAGAAAAUUUAACAUUAAGUUAUUAAGAUAUCAUCUGACAUAAUUAUUUAGUUAAAAUAUGGUCAUUGGUUGCUUUUGUAUGUAGUAGAGCUAUAUCUUGUUCCGCUGUUUAUUUACUUCACACGACUUGAACGCAUUCCUUAAGAUAUUGAUCAUUUUACUUUUGUGUCUUCAAGUACUUGUCUGCUCAAACUUAACUAUUUCUAAUGUAAUUCCUAGUUUUGUGUGGGUGAAGUAAAAAAAUUGUUAGAUUAAAUUCAUUUUGUUUUGUCAUGUCCAGCCCCUGUUUGGUACUACAGGAACUAGCCAGCCUACCGGAAGUUCAUUCUUUCAGACUUCAACCUCCAACCCUGUUGGCUUUGGUACCAGUACACAAAGUGUGAGUGUCAACCCUUUUAUUUUAGCACAAAAAGCAGAGUACCAGCCCUAUGAUGUAAGCAAAAAAAAUCAGAAUUUGUUGAUGUUUAAAGGGCUGGUCCAUCCAAAGUUCGCAUUGCUGUCUUUUGCUGGGUGUUUGUCUGUGGCCAGAGAUUUUUUCACACAUGUACAUGUGUAAGGGUAAAAGAGUUGUGUUGAUCUGGCAGAAUUAUAUCACGCAGAAAUGUGUUAGGUUUUCAUUAUAAUUUCUGCAUCAUAAUGUUCAUUUUAACAAAAAAAAUUCUGAGACUUUAGAUUCUACUGUAAACUUAAUAUAACUUUGCUCUACAAAAAUUUUGUAAAAUAUAUGAUUUGUAAUUAUUUUCUCACCCAUACCACAGGGUGGCCUGUUUGGAUCACCAAAGCCGGCAGGGUUCGGCACCGCCACUACUUCAUCCAUUGGAUUUGGGACACCCGCUACUUCAUCCAUCGGAUUCGGCACAGGAGGAAACCUGUUUGCCAAGCCUGCCUCUACUGCAUCUUCCUUUGGUGGUUUUGGUACUAAUACCAGUACAGGUGGAUUCGGUACUAAUACCAGUACCACAGGCUUUGGAAGUAAGUACCAUGGGAGGUCACUGGUGACAGAGUGACCUAUUUUUAAAGAAAUACUUUAUCACAAUUAAUUAUUCUAUAGUAUUUAUGCAUGUAUGGCUGUAAUGCUGUGUUGAAUAGGCACUCAAAUAAAAUUCCCAUAAGUUAGUACUAAUAGGGAUUAUUAUAAAGUGUGUUACUUGAAUGCUUGUUUUGUCAUGUAGCUUUAAUAAAUGGGACUCUCACUCAUUCCCGGUGCCAUUGUUUUGUGAGCUAUUUCUAGUAUUAAUUAUUAUUCAAAUAUUAUUUUAUGUUAAUUAUGUUAGUUCUUGAAUAAACAUACAUUUAUAAUUUAGUAUAAUAUAUACAUUUGUAAUAUAGUAUAACAUAUUCAUCUAUUAUGUUCUAAUAUAUAUAUUUAUAAUGUAGUGUAAUAAAUACAUUUAUAAUGUAGUAUAAUAUAAACAUUUCUUGCCUCUGCUGCUAACAUUCAUUUAUUGCUCUGUUGUCAUGUACAUCAGGUGGUGGCUUGUUCAGCAUGAAGCCAACUGGUUUUGGCACUACCUCCGCUGGUUUGGGCUCUGGGGGGGCGUCAUUCGGCUUUGGAGGCGGGCUCGGCACAGGUUCCAGCACCAGCGCAUUUGGCACAGGUUCUACCAAACCUGGUUUUGGAUUCAACUUUGGAGGGGGGGCCACAGGAAGUACAGGUAAAUAUUUUGUGCACCCCCAGCCUCGCAUUGAUUGACUGGGCCUAAAUUUUUAUCAAAUUAUUCAAUUGUAAUCAAUGGAAUGCAGAGAUUACACAGAGAAAUCCUUUGUGAAACCAAUUUUUUUCACUGGUCACUUUUUUUUGUACAGUGCUGGUUGAGUGGCAAUACAAAUGUUUUGAUGUUCAAAAGUUUCCCUUCUUUUCCACUGCAGGUUUUGGGAGCAUGUUGAACACAGGCUCCAACACUGGCACGUUUAGCCUCGGUGGUGGCACCAGCACUCUAGGAGCAAUGUAAGUUUUCACUUAAAUUUGGUUUUUUUUUUACAAAGUUCCUGAUUCACUUUGCCAAAAUAUGUUGGUACUGGUUAAGCCUUGGAGCAAGGUUCUCAAGCCAGCCGGCUGUGUGUGGCCCUCAUAGUUUUACCCUUGGAACUUGCCAAGUGAUUAAUUGGAGUCUUGAGUUGUAGAUAAUAAUACUGAAUGAUUUGAGUUGGUAAUGUUUGGGCAAAUUGAGCUGCCUUUGUGUGAAUUUGAGUUUAAGACCCCUUCUUAAUAGAUCAGAAAAUAAAGAAAUAAUUUGUGACUGAUGGCAAACUCAUAUUUUGAUGGAAAUAUUUCAUUCUCAUUAUUUGGAUUAAAUUUUUAAUUACUUUUGAUAAAUUGUUUGGUUUUUUUAAUUGCCAUAUUUGUACUCAAGACUUUCAUUCAGUAAAUGCCCAUCUUUCAAUUUGUAAUUGUAAUAUAUUUUUUAGGGUGACUGCUCCCUCUCAAGUCACAAAUACCCAGCAUCUUUUGGCUUUAGCCUCUUCACCAUAUGGGGAUAACCCACUCUUCUGGAAUUUGAAACAGGUAUGUGAACAAUCACUCAUUGGGCAAGUUUGUUUUAAAAAAAUCACUCAUUGGACAAGUUUGUUUAAUCUAUUGCUACCGUUAAGAGCAUUUCUCAAACGUGAUGAAGUUUUGUCGAGGGAAAAAAAAAUUCGAUAUUAACAUUUGAUGUUUAAAAAUGUAUAGAGAGAAUAUUCUUUAGUCUGGUAAGCCUUGCCUCUAUUUAGUUUCUCCAUUUUGCUAUAGAUUUUAUUUGUGUGUUUUUUACAUAAGACUUAAGAACAGUAAUUUUUAUGUCUUUCAACAGCAGACUAAAGAACGAAGAGAUGAGGCCCUGAAACCAACCAAUCCCAACGCACAGAAAGCUGCACUGACAUCUGUCAAUCAGUACAAAGUCAGCCACAGGCCCACACCAAAACUCAAGCCCAAAUCAUUGCAUCAUCUCAUUAGUGGAGGAAAGGUACAAAAUAGUUUUUAAAAUCAUAUUUUGGAGUAAUCUGUUAUUUUUUUUUAAAUCUAAUAUUUAUGACAUUUUUCUCCCCAUAGCAAAGUGUUUUUUUAGUUGCAUAUUGAGUUGUUGUUUUUUUUAAAUCAUAAAAUGCUUAGUUCUUGACAUUCAAUCACUUUAUUCAUUACCAUAUACAUCAAAUAACUACAAAUCCUUAGUUUGGAGUAACUCUAAGCAUUAACAAUAUCUUUAUUAUUAUGGAAGAUUUUACUGCCUCAAAUUCAAUGUGUCCUUACAUUUCUUGCUGCGAUAUCAUUAAACCAUAUUUAUUGCUGAUUUGUUUAAUUACUUUGACUACUUCAUUACUUUGAAUUCUUGCAUUACUUUGACUACUUCAUGACUACUUCAUUACUUUGACUACUUAAUUACUUUGACUUAUUGGAUUACUUUGACUUUAAGGCACAGUUAUUUGAAGGACUUGAGGAUGAAGACUUCAGCAGUGGUGAGAACACGUUUGUCCCUCGUAAGAGCGUCAAAAAGCUGGUUCUUCGCAAAGCACCUGGCAGUAAAUCCACCUCAGACUCCACAUUGGUGUACAGUGAAGCUGGUGGUGACUUCAGUCAACUCAUUGACUCCAGCAAUAACAAGACUCUGUUGCCUUUACCUAUCACAAGGUGAGACAGUCUGGAAGUUUUAACUUCAACUGAGGAUAUUAAAGUAUGGUGAGACACUGUCUGGAAGUUUUAACUUCAACUGAGGCCAUUAAAGUAUGGUGAGACACUGUCUGGAAGUUUUAACUUCAACUGAGGCCAUUGAAGUUGGUAAGACACUGUCUGGAAGUUUUAACUUCAGCUUGCGGCCAUUGAAGUAUGGUGAGACACUGUCAGGUAGUUUUAACUUCAGCUUGCGGCCAUUGAAGUAUGGUGAGACACUGUCAGGUAGUUUUAACUUCAGCUUGCGGCCAUUGAAGUAUGGUGAGACACUGUCAGGUAGUUUUAACUUCAGCUUGCGGCCAUUGAAGUAUGGUACACGAAAUGAAAAUGAAAUUUGACUAAAAGUUAUGGGUUUUUCUUUUUUUUUUUUCACCUUUGUUUAUUUUAAAUAACUUAAAACGUUGCUAAAAAAUUAUCCUCAUCUCCUACUGCUAUUUAUAGAUUUUUCCAAGAAAAUUCUGGAAAUAACUUACAACAUGUGUAGAUCAUUGAUGUUCCAAUCAAAAUAUCACCCAUCUUGGACUUAACAGUUGAAAAAAAAAAAUUUUAAAUGAAUUUUACAAUUUAAAUGGAAUUUGUUUCAGCUGAUAAAUCACAAAUUUAUUAUUUCCUCCCCCUAGGUCACGUAAUAAUAAAACCUUUGUAAUUUGGUUUCACUUUUUCUUUCAGGCGACUCAGUUUAGUACAUGAUGAAAACUCAGUUGAACAUGAAGCUGAACACACCAAUGCAAGCAAUGGCACUCCAGCUGCCAGGAAUCUCACUGAUCGUCCGUAAGUCACCCCCCCCCCACAAGUUAAGAUAAAUGAGUUUUUCUACCCCAGAAAUAUGCUGAGCACAUUUUACUUAAUGCUUGAAGGGAAGAAGAAGUAGAACUUAAAUUUACUUUUUGACUCUCAACUUAAGAAACUUGGAUGAAAACACAGCGGCCUUGAACCAACGGUCCAACAACGGGCUCAAUGCUGCUGACACCACAACUUCUUCCCUAGAGAGCUCAGAUCUGGAUAACAGCUGUUUGGUAAGUCAGGGCAGUCUUAAUCAAGUCAGGUCAUCCGUAUGGAUGUUUGUUUGUAUCAAACUUUUAAAGACUUUCAGGGGGUAAAACCGUUUGUGGAUCAUGGGCACAAACAACUGCAGAGUAAGAAAAAAAUACUAGUUGUUUCAAAGGGAAUCGUAGGGAUUUGGCCCAUCACUGCCUUCUCAUUGGCCCAUCACUGCCUUCUCAUUGGCUCAUCACUGCCUUCUCAUUGGCCCAUCACUGGCUUCUCAUUGGCCCAUCACUGCCUUCUCAUUGGCCCAUCACUGCCUUCUCAUUGGCCCAUCACUGCCUUCUCAUUGGCCCAUCACUGCCUUCUCAUUGGCCCAUCACUGGCUUCUCAUUGGCCCAUCACUGCCUUCUCAUUGGCUCAUCACUGCCUUCUCAUUGGCCCAUCACUGCCUUCUCAUUGGCCCAUCACUGCCUUCUCAUUGGCCCAUCACUGCCUUCUCACGGGCCCAUCACUGCCUUCUCAUUGGCUCAUCACUGCCUUCUCACUGGACCAUCACUGCCUUCUCAUUGGCCCAUCACUGCCUUCUCAUUGGCCCAUCACUGACUUCUCAUUGGCGCAUCACUGACUUCUCAUGGGCCCAUCACUGCCUUCUCAUUGGCUCAUCACUGCCUUCUCACUGGACCAUCACUGCCUUCUCAUUGGCCCAUCACUGCCUUCUCAUUGGCCCAUCACUGCCUUCUCACUGGACCAUCACUGCCUUCUCAUUGGCCCAUCACUGCCUUCUCAUUGGCCCAUCGCUGCCUUCUCAUUGGCUCAUCACUGCCUACUCAUUGGACGAUUGGCCCAUCCCUGCCUUCUCAUGGGAUGAUCACUGCCUUGUCAUGGGAUGAUCACUGCCUUCUCAUUGGACGAUCACUGCCUUCUCAUCGGAUCACUGCCUUCUCACUGGCACAUUGACAUGAAAAUAUCAUCUUCCCAGAUUCUUUUGUCCAUGUUAUAUUAUAAUAAUAAUAAUACACCAAAAAAACAAUACUUAAAAAAAAAGUCGCACAAUCACUCUUUUUUUUUAAAAACUAAAUUCAGUUGAUAGAUCUUCAGUACCCACCAGUCUGGACAGGAUGAGGCUUAUUUAGAGUUCUGUUUGUUUCAGUUAUUGGUGAUGAAAUGUUACAUCUGUAGUAUAAAAAAAUUUUUUUUAAAUUUACAACAGCCAGCAAUCAACACUUAGUCCAAGUACUACAGGGUACUGGCUUAAAGAACAUGGAAUGAAAGGCCAAAGAGAAAUGGGCAUAUUCUACUCAUCUGUUCAGACCUAAUGGGGUGGGGACUUUUCCUUUGACCCAAUAAAUUUAAACAUGCAGAUGAGCUGUGCUAUUUGACUUCAAACGUUUGACAGCUUAUUAUUUGGCCAAUAAUUGUCCCUUUCAAACAAAUUUAUAUUGUCCUUGCAUGUUUUUCAUCCUCUUGGAGGUAUUUAGCUGAUCUACUCCACUGUUGUAAAUACAUUAUUCUGUAUGAAAAAAUUACCUGUGAUAUUUUUCAGCCUGUGGACAGGAGCAGCCCACAUCCUACAGGUGUUACCCUGACUCGCCCUGGCUACUACACCAUACCGCCCUUGGAUGAAAUGAUCAACUCCAUUGAUGAAAACGGGGACUGUGUUGUUGAAGAUCUGGUCAUCGGAAGAAUUGGGUACGGCCACGUCUUAUUCCACGGUUUAACGAAUGUGGCGGGUCUGAAUCUUGAUGAACUUGGUGAGUAAAAAUCUGCAGUGAUAACAUUGGUAGGUAGUCUGUAAUGAUGACAUUGGUAGGUAGUCUGUAAUGAUGACAUUGGUAGGUAGUCUGUAAUGAUGACAUUGGUAGGUAGUCUGUAAUGAUGACAUUGGUAGGUAGUCUGUAAUGAUGACAUUGGUAGGUAGUCUGUAAUGAUGACAUCGGUAGUAGUCUUUAGUGCUGACAUCGGUAGUUAUUCUGCAUUGAUGCCAUUGGUUAUACUCUACAGCAGGGGUCUCCAAACUAAGGCCUUCUCAUCCGGCCCGUUGAGACCUUUUGUCAACGGAAAAAAUUACGGAAAUUUAUAUGUAUCCUGCCAAGAUGAGCUGCUGAUUACAUGGAGUUUGUGUUUUCCACCCGAUCACUACAUUGCAAAACCUUAUUCGCUGCUUAGUUUUUCUAUUUCCGUUCACAGACAAUGAGAUGAUAUAACGCCAUCAAUUUGCGGAAUUUUAAAAUGAUUUGCUGCUUGUUCAAGACUUGAUUAUUUUGAUCACAGUUUGCCAGUUGGGGUUGACUACUGCGAUAAAAUAUGCACAUUUAGAGGGUAAAAUCCAUGCCGAAAAAUGUCUAAAUUAAAAAAUCAACUCACAACUCAGAGGACAUUGUUCAGUAACUCCUCAAAUGAAAAUGAAUCCUUAACUAAGGCCAGUGAUCAAGUUUCUAGUCCUACCUAGUUCUGGCUAAAUGUUGCAAACCGUUUACAGAUGGUGAAGUUGUGAAGGAAUGUUUGUUUGAGCCGGCUGAGGAACUUUACCCAGAAAAGUCAAAACAAUUCGAAAAUGUAGCUUUGGAUGCAAAUACUAUUGCCCGCCGUGUUGCAGACAUGGGUGAAAACAUUGUGACUCAAAUAGCCAAAAAUGCAAUCAAGUUUAGCCAUUUUUUUUACUGCAAUGGAUGAAUCGCUGGACAGCUGUUCCACCUCUCAACUGCUGAUGUUCAUUAGAGGUGCGGAUGAAGACUUGAACAUAACACAAGAGCUGGCUUCCCUACAUAGCAUGUACAUCACUUUUACCGGAGAGGAUAUAUUCAAUGAGUUGAAAAAAACAUUUUUCUGAUUAUAACCUGGACUGGACUAACCUCAGGUGCCUGACUGUUGAUGGAGGAAAGAAGAUGAGUGGCAUUAACUACUUAUGUUCCUGCUCUGUAUUAUUCACCAGCCAGCGUCAUGUGCUAAAUAUGUGGACAUUAGCAACUUACUGAAUCCGGUGGUGAAGAUGGUGAAUUUAAUAAGGUCACAUGGGCUCAAUCAUAGACAUUUCAGAGAUCUGUUGAAAGAAACAGACACAGAAUUGCAAGAUUUACAAUAUUACACAGCAGUAAGAUGGCUAAGUUGUGAGAAAGCUCUGAGCAGAGCAUUUAAGUUAAGAAAGGAAAUAGGUGACUUCCUGGAAAGUAAAGGCAAGCAACAGCCAUUACUGUCUGAUGAAGAGUGGGUAUGGAAAAUGGUCUUUGCUGCAGACAUAACUAGUCAUUUAAAUUUUCUGAACCUAAAACUACAAGGAGAGGAAAAUCUAGUUUCUGAUCUAUACACCCACCUAAAGGCCUUCAGAUCUAAACUCGUCUUGUUUUUGGAACAAGUACAGACCAUAACUUGACGCAAUUUCAGCAGUUCUUCAAGGUCUACAUGGCUGAAACAACAGCGGAGUUCCCCACAUCAUUUGCAUGUUAGAUCAUCAAAGACCUCCAGCUGCAGUUUCAGCUGCGGUUUUCUGACUUGGAUUCAAAGGCAGAAUAUGUGAGACUGUUUCAAAACCCAUUUGAAGCAGAUGUGGUCAGUUGCCCAACUGAACUGCAGCUGGAGGUCAUUGAGUUGCAAGCAAAUGACCCCCUUAGGGACUAUUUCAAAGGACUGGUGGGUUGUUACCACAUUUUGCCCAAGGAAGACUUUCCUAAUGUCAAAAUUUCACCAUUCCUUCUAAUAUGGGUGUUCAUGUGUAGUGUAUCAAUGUGUAAUUAAAUAAUAACUGAAUAAAAUAAUAUUAAAUAAAUACAUUUUAAAAACAUCCUUGUUAAUAUAUUAUUUUUUUUUGGACCCUGAGUGUGUAGUCGGCCCCCAAACUGCUGUUUGAUAGUAAAUGCGGCGCUCUGGCUUAAAAGUUUGUAGACCCUUGGUCUACAGUAAUGACAUCAGUGGGUAUUCUGCAGUGAUGACAUUGGUUGUAGUCUAUAGUAAUGACAUUGGUGGAUAAUUCUGUAAUGAGGAUAUUGGUUGUAGUCCAUAGUAAUGACAUGGGUAGGUAUUCUGCAGUGAUGACAUUGGUUGUAGUCUAUAGUAAGGACAUGGCUCGCUAGUCUGUAAUAAUGACAUUGCUAGCUUGUCUGUAGGGAUGAUAUUGCUGGAUAUUCUGCAAUGAUUCCAUUUGUUGUAGUCUAUAGUAAUGACAUGGCUAGCUAGUCUGUAAUAAUGACAUUGCUAGCUUGUCUGUAGCGAUGACAUUGCUAGCUAGUUUUUAAUCUAAAAUAUAAAAUUCAGUCUUAAUGAAGUGAAAAAUUCAUCUAUUUCUAGCAUUUCUGAACUGAGGGAAAAUCCUUAAGUUUAUCAAGUGACCCAUUUAGCUGUAAACCAAGUCAGAUAUAGAACCAAUGACAUGGUAAACAGUCAUCAUUCAAUGGAAAAAAAAAGUGUAUCAAAAUAGAGGGUCGAUUUUACUAAAGCUUUCUAUUAUUACACUUACACCCAUAAUUAGUAUUAUUUUAUUUCUUUAUGUCGAAAAUAUGUGCUCAUUUUUUCAAAUAUUUUUUUUUUUUUGGAAGACGUGCCUAAAGUGACUUAAAAAAUGUAAUUAAAAUCUAAAUGGCAAAAUUCCUGAUUUAGUGGACAAUAUGAAACAAAUAUUUUUUAAAUAAAUAUAACACAUUUCUCUGUCCAUCAUUAGUUCAUUUCAGACGAAAAGAAAUAGUGAUAUAUCCAGAUGAUGACAGGAAACCACCGCUAGGCCAGGGGCUGAACAAGAAGGCUGAGGUCACCCUGGAAUAUGUGUGGCCAAUGGACAAGACCAGUAAAACUCCUAUCCAGGUAAACAUGGUCAUCAUUAUAGAAAGAUAAUAUCUCAAAGCGAAUCAAUAUAGAAAGAUAAUAUCUCAAAGCACAUUGAUAUAGAAAGAUAAUAUCUCAAAGCACAUUGAUAUAGAAAGGUAAUAUCUCAAAGCACAUCGAUAUAGAAAGAUAAUAUCUCAAAGCACAUAAAAAAUAAAGAAAUAUAAUAUCUCAAAGCACAUUGAUAUAGAAAGGUAAUAUCUCAAAGCACAUCGAUAUAGAAAGAUAAUAUCUCAGAGCACAUCAAUAUAGAAAGAUAAUAUCUCAAAGCACAUCGAUAUAGAAAGAUAAUAUCUCAAAGCACAUCGAUAUAGAAAGAUAAUAUCUCAAAGCACAUCGAUAUAGAAAGAUAAUAUCUCAAAGCACAUAAAAAAUAAAGAAAUAUAAUAUCUCAAAGCACAUUGAUAUAGAAAGGUAAUAUCUCAAAGCACAUCGAUAUAGAAAGAUAAUAUCUCAGAGCACAUCAAUAUAGAAAGAUAAUAUCUCAAAGCACAUCGAUAUAGAAAGAUAAUAUCUCAAAGCACAUUGAUAUAGAAAGGUAAUAUCUCAAAGCACAUCGAUAUAGAAAGAUAAUAUCUCAAAGCACAUUGAUAUAGAAAGAUAAUAUCUCAAAGCACAUCAAUAUAGAAAGAUAAUAUCUCAGAGCACAUCAAUAUAGAAAGAUAAUAUCUCAAAGCACAUCGAUAUAGAAAUAUAAUAUCUCAAAGCACAUCGAUAUAGAAGGAUAAAAUAUUCAUCUGUGGAUUUGAAGCAAUACCAAACUUUUCAUAAACCAGAAAUUUGUCAUUGAGUACAAAGUUAAGUGAUUGUAGAGUAUCUUCUAGAGCAGUGGUUCUCAACCUUCCUAAUGCCGCGACCCUUUAAUAGAGCUUACCCUGUUGUGGCGACCCCCAGCCACAAAAUAUUUUCGUUUCUCCUUCUUAACUGUAGAGCGUUUGUGUUUUCAGUUGGUCUUAGGGGAUCCCUGGAAAAGGGUUGUGCGACCCCCAAAGGGGUCGCGACCCACAGGUUGAGAACCGCUGUUCUAGAGGCUCCCCUUGUCCAUUUGGAAAUGUUGAUAAAGAAUAACAAGUAAUUUUUGUAAAGAAUGUAUAGCUAAGAGAGGUUCUUCUGUCAAUGACAUGGACUUUAGUAAACUUGUAUCAGAUUAUCAGUCUAUGAAACCAGUCUAAAAUGGUCAAUUUUAAUACUUUCAGAGUCCAGAAAGAUUACAACUAAUGAACUACACAGACAAGAUUGAAGCCAUAACUGAAAUAAUUGGAGCAAAGUUCAUAGACUACAGGAUGGAGACUGGCUCUUGGGUUUUCGAGGUGAGAAGGUUUUUUUUCUGAUGUGGUGCAUGUUGAAAAAGUUGGAGCUGAAAGCCUAAUCCUCUGAUGUGGUGCAUGUUGAAAAAGUUGGAGCUGAAAGCCUAAUCCUCUGAUGUGGUGCAUGUUGAAAAAGUUGGAGCUGAAAGCCUAAUCCUCUGAUGUGGUGCAUGUUGAUAAAGUUAGAGCUGAAAGUCUAAUCCUCUGAUGUGGUGCAUGUGGAUAACGUUAAAGCUGAAAGUCUAAUCUUCUGAUGUGGUGCAUGUGGAUAAAGUUAAAGCUGAAAGCCUAAUCCUCUGAUGUGGUGCAUGUUGAUAAAGUUAGAGCUGAAAGCCUAAUCCUCUGAUGUGGUGCAUGUUGAUAAAGUUAGAGCUGAAAGCCUAAUCCUCUGAUGUGGUGCAUGUUGAUAAAGUUAGAGCUGAAAGCCUAAUCCUCUGGUCUCUGAAUGGUGUUAUUUUAAAAUAAGGUCUAUAUGAAUGGUUUGAUGAAAACUAUAAUGCAUUUAUUGAUACACUUUGAGACCAUUCCAUGUAUGUUAAACUUUGCCCAGAGAGACAUAAAAAAGAGACCUUAACUGUGCAGAUAUAUUUAGUGCUGUAGUCGAGUUCAACAUUUUUGCUUUAAAUGAAAUAAUGUUUUGUAGUUUCAUAUCAUAUUUAAGAAAUGAGACGUGUGAGAAAUUAAGUGUGUGGAGGUAAAGGGUGUAGAUCUGUGCAAUUUUUACCUUGAUAAAUUUCAUUGCUUGGUCUGUUGUGUGGUUUGUACCUACCCUGAAACAUUCUGCAUUAGAAUUGUCCGCCGUGUUUUUGUAGCACAUGAAAACUGGUCUCUGAAAUAAAAAAUGUUCCUUUUUUUUUCUCUCUCUCUCUAUAUGACAGCAUUUAUGACGGAAGUGUUUUUGUUAUUAACAGGUCAGUCAUUUCUCACGAUACAGUCUGCUGGACCACUCUGAUUAUUAUCUGAAUGAGCAUGAUCACCCCGGACAUGAUAAAUCUGACCUCCCAGGGCAAACGGUGCUGGUCAGUGAGCAGC